AUGGUAUCAGAGCGACGCCAUAGCUACGCCACCGCAGUGAUUGGAAGUAAUGGAGCCGGCGGAGAAGCUUCAACCGGACCAAUUCCGAAUCCAGCGAAUCAAAUUCCAGUUUGCCAAACUCCAGUUAGCCAAAAUCCAGCUCAACGGAGUGAUGAAUUUGACGAUCCGUUGUAUGUGCACAUCACCGAGAAUCCGAACCUGAUUCUCGUGUCUCCUCCCUUGUCCGAGCACAAUUAUGCUUCAUGGAGUAGGUCUAUGAAGAUAGCCCUAGAAGUUAAGAACAAAUUAGGAUUUGCAACAGGAUCAAUUCCGGAUCCAGGUGAAGCUGAUCCGAGACAUCUCGUCUGGAGAAGAUGCAAUACCAUUGUCUGCUCAUGGUUACUGAAGUCUAUUAGUUCAAAUAUUGCUGAAACAGUGAUGUAUUAUGAAGUGGCUGCUGAUAUUUGGAAAGCACUCAAGAGGAGAUACUCGCAAGCUGAUCCUCAUAGGAUUGCAGAACUACAGAAUCAAAUUUAUAGAAAUACACAAGGUAAUUUGACUGUCAAUGAGUACUUUACAAAGUGUAGUGCAUUAUGGGAAAAAUUGAAUGCUAUGAGACCUUUGUUGGUGUGUGAAUGCUCCCUUAGAUGCACUUGUAACCUCCUGAGCAAGAUGCAGAAAGAGAGAGCAGAUAACCAGGUCAUCAGGUUCUUAGAUGGACUCAGUGAUGACUUUGAGACUAUAAAGUCAGGGGUACUAGUUAUGGAUCCCAUUCCUGAUAUGGAGAAGGUCCUUAACAUGGCUUUGAAACUUGAGAGGAAGCUAAAUGGAUCCAUUGUGCAGAGGAACAGUGACUUGGUCCAGUCUAAUGCUGUUCAGAAUAUUGGGACUCAAAUCUCAGAUGAACAGGCUUUUGUAGCAGCUACAGAAGCAAAUAAUAAGAGGAAGUUUAACAGUAGUGGAGGAAGAAAUGUACCUAAGUGCACAUAUUGUGGUAUGAAUGGGCAUACUGUUGAGAAAUGCUACAAAAAACAUGGAUAUCCCCCUGGAUGGAUACCUGGUUAUAAAGCUAGAAAUAGACAAAGUCAAGAAGCUCAGCAGUCUGCAAACUCUUUGGCUCAGCAGUCUGCAAACUCUUUCACAAGCCAAAGUGCUGAUCUAGGCUUGACAACUGAUCAAUUUCAAAGGUUGAUGAAUUUUAUGCAAAAUCAAAAUCAGGGAAUCCAGGCUUCAACUAGCUCUGCUGUAAGAGUGAGCAGCUCAGGGAUGAAGUCUGCUCCUAAAAACCCUCCUGAUGAUUCAUGUGAAGGUAGCUUUAUUCUCAACUCUUUUGUUAAUAAUGCUAUCUCUCCUAGAAUUUGGAUUGUUGACUCAGGGGCCACAGAUCAUAUCAUCUGUUCCCUAGAGUACUUUGAGAAAUGCGAACCAGUGCAUGCUGUUUUUGUGAAGUUGCCCAAUGGGGAAACUGUAAAUGUCAGUUAUAUUGGGGAAAUCAGAUUGCAUCAGGGUAUAUUGUUGACAAAGGGUCUCCAUGGGACAGUGUGUGGUUUUGCUAGAGAAAGGGAUGGAUUAUACCUGCUGACUCACCCUCCAAUCAGAAGAAAGCUCCAUUAUUAG